AUGAAGGCCACCUCCGUCGUCCUCGCUGUUCUCGCCGCUGGCUCCGUCCAGGCCGCCGCUGUUGCCUCUCCCCAGACUCUCCCCAAGUGGUGUGGCCACAUCGGCCAGGGCUGUAAGCGAACUGCCGAAGCCUCCGUCGAUGUCAAGCGCUCGGCAGAUGCCCUCGCCGAGGCCAUGGCCCGAAACUUGCCCUUGGUCCUUCAGAAGUGGUGCGGCCACAUUGGCCAAGGUUGCUACAAGGCCAAGCGUGCCGCUGAUGCCGCCGAUGAGGUCAAGCGUACCAGCGACGCUCUCGCUCAUGCCAUGGCUGCUCUCGAGGAAGAAGAUGAUGAGUAA